UUGGUUCGUUUCUUAAAGUCAUAAAAAUCAUUAUCCAACACCACCAAAUCCCACGGUUUGCAAUUUUCCGCUGGAAACGAAAUUCGCCACGCCCCACCUGAAAAUCUCUCUCUGCUCUCCUCCUUCUUCUGUGUUCAUUUAGGGGCUUGGGCUGUUCUAAAUGUCACAGAAAACCAUGACCAAGUCCAAGAAUUUCCUCAACAAUCUCUUCAAAACUUUUGGGUUCGCCCCCAGCAAAGACGGACAGAACGAAGAGGACUUGGAGAAGAUUGCUCAGCAGGAACAGAAGCAUUUCCCAUUCGAAACUUUGGCUGCCGCUACGAAAAAUUUCCACCCCAGUCAUAAGCUCGGCGAAGGCGGUUUCGGACCCGUUUUUAAGGGAAAGUUGGAGGAUGGAAGAGAAAUUGCGGUGAAGAAGUUGUCACAAAGUUCAAAUCAAGGAAAGAAAGAGUUCAUGAACGAGGCCAAGUUGCUAGCUCGUGUGCAGCACCGUAAUGUUGUGAAUUUGUUGGGCUAUUGUGCACACGGGGUAGAGAAACUACUCGUUUACGAGUAUGUCUUAAACGAGAGCCUCGACAAAUUUCUCUUCAAAUCAAAUAGAAGGGAGGAGCUUGACUGGAAGCGGAGGUUUGAUAUAAUAUGCGGUGUUGCAAAGGGCUUGCUUUACCUUCAUGAACAUUCGCAUAAGUGCAUUAUACACCGCGACAUCAAGGCCAGCAAUAUUCUACUAGAUGAUAAAUGGGUCCCCAAGAUUGCUGAUUUCGGCAUGGCUCGCCUAUUUCCCGAGGAUCAGACGCACGUCAAUACCCGCGUUGCUGGUACCAACGGUUAUAUGGCUCCCGAGUAUGUUAUGCACGGGCAUUUAUCAGUGAAGGCGGACGUGUUUAGCUUCGGUGUUUUGGUUUUGGAGCUGAUCAGCGGCCAAAGGAAUUCAUCAUUCAACGCAAAUGCUGAUGCGCAGAAUCUGCUUGAUUGGGCGUACAAGCUUUACAAGAAGGAGAGAAGCAUGGAGAUUAUGGACCCGACGUUAGCUUCAUCAGCGGUCUCCGAGCAAGUAGCGAUGUGCAUUCAGAUGGGGCUGCUGUGCAUACAAGGUGAUCCCACAUUCCGCCUCACAAUGGAUCGUGUGAUUGUGAUCCUAUCCAAGAAACCGAGCCAUCUGGAAGAGCCAAUGAGACCCGGAGUGCCUGGAUCAAGAUACAGAAGAUCUCGCCGACCAGCAGGGGGAGGGGUUUCUUCCACUACUGCCGGAACUUCUGGUGGAUCAAAUUCCCGUUAUUCAGAUUCGAGCUUUACUGCAACCGGAACCACUUCAGCAGCAGCCCCGGAUAAAGAUGUCCGUGGGAAACGCCCGGUGGAAAGUUAGGUACAUACUCUUUGUAAGAGGUUUUGAUUCUUCUUUUUUGGUAUGAUAGAAAUGUAAAAUUUGUCGAAUAUCAUGUAAAUAGUUUGAGAGGGAAGUGAAAUAGGUAACUGAUGCUACAAAUCGUUGCAAUUUUGUUUGAACUCUAAUUCUUUCAUAUGAACCAUUCAAAAGAAGGGCUUAUCAUCCAUUUGUUGCAUUAGCUAGAGUGGGCGUAUAAUGUAUUAUCUUGUAUAUAUCUGAGUUCAAAUUUUCCUCUACAAAA